AUGGCUCUCGAGUUGAAAAACCUAAAGAAAUUGCUCACUGAUCCAAAAAUCCACACAUUUCUACUCUUCUCCGUUAUAUUCUGCGGGGGAUUGUUCCUCAUUGGUCUUCAAGUAUACAGGUCGCGUGACAGUAUCGGCUUAGAAUGCGAAAUCACGCAGUUGAACCCAAACAUCACGGACAGAAUCCAUGCGGACCGCAUUUACUGCGAGGAAACUAUGAUGGCCAAUCUACGAGAAUUCGUCGACAACAUGCGUGAAAACAACCACUCCUGGUGCGACUUCCACCACCACAACGUUGGCCACCACAAGACCAGUGACAAGUCCGAGACUCAUGCUUGCUUUCCAUCCGUCCCGGCAGGGAUGGAAAUCGAAGUGACGUGCCCAAUGAACUCGACGGCGUUUUAUUGGGAUAGGCCGCAGAAGACGGUGAAGCGAGAAUGCAAUAAUAAUGGAACAUGGAAUGCUCCCGAAGGGCACUGCGGCUGCCACUACGAUGUGCUCAAGUGGGACCGAAUCGCGUACUACUUCUCCGGAUUUCAAAAGUUCAAAGUUAUGCUCGUUCUCUUUUCUGCCACUUCCUUGAUUUUUGGCGCCUUUAUUCUCAGGCUUAAUUCUCUACACUGCACGAGAAAUUCAAUUCAUCUCAAUCUGUUUUCGGCUUGUCUGCUGUACAACAUCGUCGAUUUGGUCGUAUUCUUCUUUGCGAUCGCCAUAAGAAAAAGUGGCGACAAUUAUAUAUUGCAAGAAAGCGAGAUUUCUUCAAUGGAAGAUCUUUCUCUUGAAGAUUACUCUCACUCAGAGUCUCAGUCAAAGAGUGAAGAAGAAACAAAUGAACAAAGUGAAUUUGUUGGGAAGAGACUGCAAAAGCUCCUCUGCCGGGGAAAAGACACGAUGACAAUCUACUCCCUUCUCGCUAUUUAUACCUGGGUUCUCAUCGAAGCAAAUAUUUUUGAGCCUUCUAAGAUUGUCGCAAAUGUUCUCUACCGCCACGAGGAGUCUGUCUGUUGGGAUUCCAACAUGGUUGAGCCAGAAAACAGGUGGAUAGGAUGGAUCUACGAUGUGCCCAAGAAAAUCCUCCUGCUCGCUGCUACGGUCUUCUUCUUCUCAGUCCUGAGAAUCCUUUGGUCCAAGCUUUCUACGACGCAAAAACUCACGACACUUACUCAAAGUGCCCAGGAAAAUCGUGGCGCAGAUGUGACUGGGAACUUGCCGAAAUUGACCCAGAUCGUUCGUGCCAGCAUCAUUCUUGUCAUUGUUUAUGGAAUCUGGGACUUCAAGGAGCUCUUUCUUCAUCAAGACGAAUUCUCGCCCGAGACGCUGGGCUGGUGGAUCGUCAUGCUCAUUGACAUUUUGAUAGACUCUAUUCGCGGCUUCUUUAUUGCAUCUGUAUAUUGUUUCAGCAACACAGAAGUUCGUCAAGAAUUGACGCGCUGGUACCGAAGACGCUGCGUUAGCAAUGAACUCAGAAGAGCACGCCAGUCGGGCCAGUACGCCGGCAUGCGAUUGUCCAGAAGACCCAGUCAACUCAGCCGCGAUCCGUCGACUUUUGAGACCCGCCUCCCGCAAAACAGUGUCAUUUCAAAUACAGUGGACAGCUCAGAUCCAGAAGGAGCUGACGGGAGCCGCCACCCGAAACUAAUGACUGGUAGAUCGACUGAAUCACGUGACAAUUCAACCUUUUCCGCUGUAAGCAGCAACUGA